GUUGCUGCCCCCGCAAAGGUGUCGCCCAAGAAGGCAUCCCCAAAGAAGACCGCCAAGAAGAGUGUGAGGAAGCCGGCCGCCAAGAAGCCUGUGGCGAAGAAGGCAGCCAAGAAGGCCGUUGCCAAGAAGCCGGCGGCGAAGAAGGCUGUUCCCAAGAAGGCGGCAAAGAAGGCAGCCAAGAAGCCGGCGGCGAAGAAGGCAGCUCCCAAGAAGGCGUCCCCCAAGAAGGCGGCAAAGAAGGCUGUUGCCAGGAAGCCGGCAGCAAAGAAGACGGCACCCAAGAAGAAGUAG